AUGGAUUCAAUUGGAAAAAAACGAUUACGUUUUACCGACCAUGAUGAUAUUUCCCUUUUACGCGAAGUUUUGGGGCAUAAUCCUAUUGAGCAUCCAGUCCUGUGGAGAGACAACAUGUUGUCCGUGACAAAAAAAAACUUUUCUAUAAGAACCCUUAAAGACCAUUUAGAAUUAUUAAUAAAACUAUGGCUCAAGAAAUCAAAAGAUUUAAAAGACAAUGAGAUCUCCAAUAGUGAUAUCUUUAAAUUAUUACAAAACGUACAAAACCAAAAUAAGUCGUUGAAAGAAGAAUUAAUUAAUGAAAUUAGGUCUAUUAAAUCAGAUAUAUCCAAAGAAAUUGAAAAUAUUAAAACAGAAAACGCAAAUUUAAAAUCCGAAAAUUUAAUAUUAAAAAAGAGACUACUUACAACAGAGCGAACACUGAAAAAGUACAACCUUUUUAUUUAUGGUGUUAAAGAAGAGGAACGCAAACCCGACGAGGAUAUUAUUCUAAGCCUAGUAAAUAAUAAAUUAGAUAUAAAGUGCGUGAGUGAAGAAUUUAGAGAUAUUUAUCGUGUUGGAAAAAAGGUCACUGAAAAAAGUCGUCCUAUUGCAAUUGAACUAACGCAUUACAAAUUAAAGCUGAAUAUUCUCAAGGCUGCAAAUAAACUAAAAGGCACCAACAUCUUUGUCUCACAAGAUUAUACCCAGGAGGACUAUCAAAAAAACAAACUUCUCUACAAAUAUAAAAAACGAGCUUUGGCUGAAAAUAGUGAGGCUUACAUAAAAAAUAAUAAUCUUUUUAUUAAUGGUGAGAUAGUUACUUAUGAAGAACUUUUGGAAAAAGAGAAUUUAAGUGAAGAGUUGGAAGAAAGUGAAGCAGAAGAAGUUGAGGUUUCAGCUGGGAAUUCCAAAAUAGUAAAUAGCAAAAAUAGCAAACGGAAAGAAAACCCCUCCAUCGAAGAAGAAACCGACAACAAAAGAAAAAGCCUAUCAUCAAACUCUGUACCUCAAACGAAAUCCUCAGAUACUCCAAGUACUGCCGAUACCCCCAAACCAUCAAGAUCGAAGGUGCUAGGAAAAAGCCUAUCAUCAAACUCUGUACCUCAAACGAAAUCCUCAGAUACUCCAAGUACUGCCGAUACCCCCAAACCAUCAAGAUCGAAGGUGCUAGGUCCAACAAGAGCAAGGAGGAGAAAAGUUAAUACCCAAAAACAAGGACUCGCGUAUUUGGAGGCAUAUGAUAGCGAUCAACAUAAAUUAAAAAAAAGGAACUUGAAUUGGAAGAAAAGAGAUUGUUACUAG